AUGGCUCUAGCUGUCGCAAGAGAUGCAUUGGUGAAGCACGUUCCCGUCACACCAUGCAACGGUACCGAUUUGAUUCUAAAUGCCUAUUUGCAGGAAAAGAGGUAUCGCUCCAUGCAGGAGCAUAUCCGCCGCGCGCACCCCGAGCAUUAUAUCUCGAAGCUACCAGCUACCGAAGAGAGCUUCCUACUAAUGAUUAAUACCCCACCCUCGGAACGCCGUCCUCUUGACCAGACCUUAGCUCCAAGUGCUCAGGGUUUGUCCCACUCUCAGUCCAGCCUGCCCCCGCCCGUUGACCACCUCCAAGGUUUUCACGAGCGACAUAAUUACCACCGCGAUGAGUCGAGUAAUCCAGGCACUCCGCGCCUCAUAGAUGACUUCAGUAAUGGCGGGCCGGUUUCCUCUGGCCCGAUGCUUGGCACGGCCAGUGCAGCCGCAGCCUUAGCUGAACUCCAUGGCGUCAAGAGUGAGCGUGAAAUGGAUUUGGACGGUGAAUACUAUUCAGAUAUGGAUGUUCGACGUAGACCAAGAACAUCCAUUGAAUUGCCGCCACUUAAUCUUUCAAAUCACGACAUUACCAGCGACCCUUAUUCCUCAAUCAAAUCCAAUAGGCAGCGCGACUUUCUCCCUUCCAUUCUUGCAAACUCGCCCCCGGGAAGGUCAUCGACAUUGCCGCCUCUUCAGCGCCCUAUCGGACCUAACCGUCCUCGUAAACAGUCUGUAACAAAGCGAGGAAGGGAGGCCCACCACAAGAAGAAGAACUCGAAGGGUUCUGCUACUGAUUGGCUGCGACGAAUACAGAAUGAAGAACGAUAUAGACCAGGUAACGAUCGGAAAGCUCUUUCGGCUGAGCCAUCCGCAGAUUUCGGGAAGCGGUGGGAGGAUCUUAUUGAUGCAGCUGACCAGGCUGCUUCUGCUGCUGGAGACAUCGAUGAAGAUCGUACUCCUGUUCCUCAAUCUCCAGUCUCAAUGCACAGAUCAUCAUUACCACCGCUUUCUCAUCAGCCGCAAUUUCAGCCAGCCAGUUACCAGGCCUCGCCCUUACAGCAGGCUCUCACGCCUCCGUCGUAUGGCCAAGAUGCCAUAGAUCCAUUUCCAUCAGUUGAAAGUGGUGAGAGCGGCGAAAACUUCCACAUGGGGACCCGGGGGCUUUCAGACUCUUCGCCAUCAUACUCGGCUCAAAACAUUCAGAUUUACUGCGCUGCUUGCCAAGGGUUCUCUCUACUCAAAGAUUCAUAUGCAUGUACCGAAUGCAUCUGCGGUCUUUGCCCAACCUGUGUAGAAGUUCUCAUGACAGAGCACGGAGCAAGAAGGAAGUGUCCCCGCUGUGCUACAAUUGGCGGGCGGUUCAAGCCUUUCCAGCUCGACAUCAGAUGA